AUGGGUCGUGAUCUUGAAAACAUUGACAUGAGAGUCGCAGGGAGAGGCCAGUGGAGAGUUAUGGGGAAAGACAAAUAUAUUUAUAUCCCCGGAAACAAUCAGGUGAUUGGGAAGAGGAAUACCCUGAAUUUUUGGGAUGUGCAAGGAGCCUAUGCUAGGAGGACCGAAUGGGUGAUGCAUGAGUUUCGUCUUGUGUUUAUUGCUAACCCAUCUAAGAUGGCAAACUGGUCUGUUUAUCGCAUCUUUAAGAAUAAAGAUGAAAAGAAGGUGAAGGAUGCAAAAUGGUGUAAUGAGGAAAGCUCUAAUGGUGAAAGUAUCGAAGUCAAUGAUUUCAACAUUGAGAGUGACUAUUUCUCAUAA